CAGAGAAAGAUUAUUACGCGAUCAAUGAUUGUGUAUUGCAGUUGUGUAUUGAGGUCAUAUAUUUUGCUGAAAAGAAAAUGAAAGAAAUGGCUAGAAACUAAUAUAAUUUGAUAUGUGCUUCGCAUCUAAGAACAUCAUUAUUUAAAGUAAGACGAAAUUCGGGUGUUUCGUUUCAAAUUAGCAAUUUUUCAGGAACUAUUUUCUGCGCGGAGUAAAUUACAGAACAGGUGCUAGAUUAAUUUGACAGAAAUGGCGGAUAUGAGAUGAGGAUUAGUUGCAACAAUACACAAAACCGAAUUGUUCCCUAUAUUUAAGCCAAGAUGUAGGCCCUUCAACGUUGGAUAAGUAAUGAAGGGACUACCACGUAUAGUUUUCGUUGUAUAAUGGGCUGUGCGAAUGGAAAACUUGAGCCAGAAGCCCCACCGAGUGGGCACCUGGUCCAAACGGUGUAUGACGGCUCGAGGAACGGCGGUCGCACGGGUACCAACGUGCCGUACACGAAUACCCAGAACCGGAAGAAGGGUGGCGUGGUGCAGCCCCCGGAUGGUGGCCAGCCCAAAACAAACAAAAAGGUUAAAAAAUAUAGGGACAAAUUUGAUCCUCGUGUGACUGCGAAGUAUGAUAUCAAGGCCCUUAUAGGGCGGGGGAGUUUCAGUCGAGUGGUUAGAGUGGAGAACCGAUUAACUCGUCAGCCAUACGCAAUCAAAAUGAUUGACAGGGUGCAAGGAAAAGAUGUGUUCGAGUCGGAAUUAAAAGUGUUACGUAGGGUAAAACACCAGUACAUUAUUCAGCUUGUGGAAGUAUUCGAAACCAAGGAUAAAGUGUACAUGGUGAUGGAGUUAGCCACAGGUGGUGAACUUUUUGAUAGGAUUAUUGCGAAAGGAAGUUUUACGGAACGUGAUGCAACUAGAGUGUUAACAAUGGUUUUGGAAGGGGUUGCAUAUUUGCAUGGCUUGGGAAUAGCACAUCGGGAUUUGAAACCUGAAAAUUUGUUGUACUAUCACCCAGGCCACGAUUCCAAGAUUAUGAUCACCGAUUUCGGACUUAGUGCCACAAUUAAGGGAGAUAGUAUGAUGCGAACUACUUGCGGAACACCAGAGUACAUUGCCCCUGAAAUACUUGCACGCAAACCCUACACAGUGCAAGUUGAUAUGUGGGCAAUUGGUGUUAUAACAUACAUUCUUCUAAGUGGGACUAUGCCUUUUGAUGACGAGAAUCGGACUCGACUCUACAGACUUAUCCUCAAGGCCAAAUAUAGCUAUGUGGGAGAGCACUGGAAGGAAGUGUCAGAUCUCGCCAAAAACUUCAUAGACCGCAGUCUAGUCAUCUCUCCGACGGAGCGAAUCAAUGCAGCGGAGACGUUGAAACAUCCAUGGAUCGUUUCCAUGGCAGCAACGGCCAGCAACAAAAAUCUGCACCGCACCAUCAGUCACAACCUACUACAGAGACAGUCUACUCGAUCACGUGCAAACAGCACGAAAAGUUCCAAAUCGAAUCGAUCAACGAAAUCAAACAAAUCCAAUCGAUCGUUGCACUCGGAGCAUAGGCGAGUACAACAAGAAGAGAUUGAUGCAUUGCUUCGAGAUCCUGAAGUCCAGGAGGAUUUGAGAUCACUCAGAGACGCAAAACAUUGAAAUUAAAACUGUGCGCAUUCGCUAUAGAAUUGAAAUGUUUAAAUGCAAAAUUUUCGAUGUUAGGAAACAAAACUUGCCAGAGAUUCAGUGUUGUUUUAUUCUGACAUGAGAAUGUUUUGGUCAUCAAAAAGUGUUACUGAUUACAGUAAUACAUAUCUCUUAAAAAGGAGCUGAUUUUAUCAUUACAAGUUAUCAAGUGCUUUUAACCAAAACGGUUCAGUUCUGUAGUCAUUAAAUUUCAUUAAAAGUGCUGUUUGAUGUGUAUUUUUGUCUCCAGUGAUUAGAUUGGUCAAGUUUGAAUUGCCUACAACCAAUGAUAUUGGACUUUUCAUAAAAUUGCCUAGUCGCAUUGGACACUGACCAAUGGAAACUUGUCAUCUUGAAAAAAACACUUUCAGCAGGGAUAUUUGUGUAAAUAGUUCAAGAGUACAUAAUUAUGAUGAUACAAUUCAUAGAUUACUCUCUUAAAAAUGUUAUACAUUGGAAUUUUAAAUGUGUAUGCUGUUAAGUUACAUGAAAUCUAGUUUAUUCAGUUUUUGACAUUUUUUCUUUUAAAAAUCAUACGAUAUAAAUGUCCGAGCAAUCAACUUUGGCCUGAAAGAUUGGCAGAUAUACAUGUACACUGUUUAACACGAUUCACAUACCUUUUAGAAAAUGAAAUGUUAUCAGAGAUCAAUUACAGUUUGGCACAUUUAUGAUUCCAAUGAUAGACAUUCUUAUUGUUACUGUUAUUAUGACGUGAUAUUUUUGUCAUUCAAGUGCCAACAAUUUUAUUUUUUAUGUGAUUUAAUGUUUCUUAUAUUAUAAUGAUACACUUUCUAAACCAAGUUGUUUAUGGUGUCGUUAAACUAGUUAAGUUGUUUAAUACAAUCGAGCCAGUUUAAUGCCGGUAAUACUUAUGUGAAAAUUAAUGUACCAGUAUGUUUAUUCACUAAUCUUUUCAGGUGUGUAGAAUAUCUGAAAUGAAUUUGGAUACUGCAUGACUAUGUUACUCACUUAUUUUCUAAACUUCAAGUAUAUGAACUUAAUGUACAAUUAUUUAUCAAGGUUAGGCUUUUGGAUGAGCAAGUCUGUAGUCUUAGACAUAUGCUUGGUGUUAAGUUUUUUAACAAAAUCUGCUAUAUAAAAUAGGAAAAUUAAAGGAACGCACAGAGAGCAUUUUACCCGUGCAUGACUUGAGGUAAAUUUCAACAACUGAACAAUAGAUACCUUUGUAAAAGUUUGUCUAUUUUUUAUUUUCCAAUGUAAGGAAUUUGUACAAUUUUCUAGAGAAAAAAAAUCCAUAUUCUAUGAUGGCACAAUUUUUUUUUUUUUUUAUGAAUUUCAAAAGGCAUAUACUUAAGCUUUUGGUUAAGAAAAAAGUGAAAUAAAUCUAUAUUUAAAUGGAAGAGAAAAAAGAUGUUAAAUUCACUCUUUCGUUAAAUAUUACAUUAAAGUUCAUACAUUUCAGAUCAAGGCUUUCAUUAUUUUAUUUUGGAUAAUUAAAUGUUUAAGAUGCACUUACAAAGUCAGUUAAUUACUGCAGAGCUAAAAAUUGAAAGUUAUCAGAUUAUACUAUUUAUACUGUAAUCGGAGGGGAAACAUACUGUUGUUGUUUUCUUCAAGAAGUGUGUUAACACAUUUUACCUGAAAUUUUUCGAAAGGCUCUUGCAAUUAAAUGACUUUAGAAAAAAAUUAAAAAUGUUUUGUUUUUUCAAAAUCUUUCAUUUUCAUGUCAUUUGUUGUUUCAUUAUGUUUCUUGGAAAAUACCUCCAACUAUAAAUCUUAAAGGUCUAUAGAAAAAAAGGUUUAGUUUGUUACAGCAGUUGCUGUAAAUACUACACUCAUUUUUGUGUAUCAUAUGAAAAAAAUAAUGUUAUUAAGCUGUCAUACAUGUAUUAGUAUUUAUGCACAUUUGCAUACAUGUGCAUAUUUUUAUGUACUCGUAUGUGAUCAAAACUACCAAAUCCGUCCCAGAUUCUUCAUGGCGUCCUGGGGUUGUAUUCAUUAAGCAUCUUGGUGAAUAUGCUCAACUUGGUGAAAAUUUCGUAAUUUUUUACCACAAAUUUUUAAAAAACCCUUUACUUUUAUCAGAUUUAUUCAUUUGCAUACAUUGUUUCUUGCUUAUUUCAUACUUUUGGUGUACAAACAUUGUAAGUUUUCUUAACGAUUCAAAUUAGAAAAAAGGCUAUAUUCCUCUUUGUUGAAAAUUGUCACCAAGAUGCUUAAUAAUCACGGCCCCUGAUCUUUAUUGUUUUGUGUUGUUAUUGUUAUACAAUCACUGCUGAAAUUAUAGAUUGUUCUUUCACUUUUUAGUUUAUUUUACACAAUAAGUGCUUUUAUACCAGUCUUGUUUUAUUUUGUAGUUUUUGUUCUUUGUUUUAUUUUACCGCACUAAUAAAUUAUUCAUUUUAUGAUUUAACUUUUCAAAUAAGUUCAAUCUGUUUAAUAUUUAAGUCAACUUAAGUUAUUGGCAUUAGAAAUAGAAUAGAAAAUCCCAUAGAAAUACAAGAAGACCAACUUUAUCUAUAAUUCAGCAAAAAAGUAGUCCCUGUUGUCUUAUUUGUUCUAUAAGGAGUCAGUUUUAGCAUUAUUUCUUUAAAGAUGUAUUGAAGUAUGCUAUAAGAUAAGUCUUUUGUCCAAUAUUUAAACCACUCUAUGUGGAAAAUGGUAUUUAUUUAAACAACUUCAAAGCUCAGUCAACAAUUUAAAUAAUUAUGAAAACACUAUUCUGUUUGUCAAAGAUCAGCUGUUAGUCUUCACAAAGGACUUAACGAUUAUCACAAAUAGUAACUGGUUUAGGUAACAAAAGCAGACCUGGGCGUUGAAUAAUGUAUUGACACAUUUUGUACUUGUAGGGAAGAUUGAAGUAGGGAAGACCAGGGUCAGUUUAUGGUCAAAGUAGGUAUGGACAUGAAGAUUUUGAACUUAGUACAAUGCUUUUAGUACCGUAGGCAUGCACCAAGUUUGCACGGCGCAAGUUCAGGCGUGGUUCGUAUACAAAUCAUGACUCUGUAGGAGUAUGUUUAAAAAGGUGGAAACAGGUGAUUCACCUAUUUCUCAUUGCAUGAAAACCAUAUACUGCAAAGUUAUUCUCUUUCGACAAGUGACUAACCCUUUGUCUUAAAAAAUCUAAGAAUAUUGUUUUUGAACUGACAGUUGUUCUAUGAAGGUCAAGCUUAUUCACCUUAUAUCUUUAGUACAUCAAAAUAUGUGCUAUAUGAAUGGUGAGAUUUGUGCAUUUCAUUUUUCGGUUUCGGUUUUUCUCUUGUUGUUAAAAACUGUGACUAUCUCAAGUACUUAAGAAAAAAACACUGAACACACAGGUAAAUGCAUAACAAAAUAUAUAUUGUUAAGUUAAUAGUUGAAAAAAACUUUAUGAAUCAUGAAUCGAACCUGCUAAACUGUUUAAAUAUUAAGUAUAUUUUAUUGAUGUCUGAAAUUCUUUAAAGUUUACAUGCAGUUCAUACCAAUGCAUUUCUGUAUUGUUCUGUUUUCUAUUCUGUAUAUCAGAAUUGAUAUGACACAGUUACUACAAGUAUUAUUGUUGAUACAUUUCUCUUUGUUUCUUGUACACAAAUUUGGGUUUGGAUAACUAUUAUAAGUAGCUGUUAAUACAUGUAAUAAACAUA